AUGUACGAUAGGGACCCUUUCUUACCAGACCUGAGAGUCCUGGAGACCGUUAAGGCAAGAAAGUUAGCGCAAUCCCUGUUGAUGCAGAUGAAGAGGAAUCAAGAUGAGUUUGGACAAGAAGAGGCAGACUUUUGGAAUGAGUAUGAAGCUAGGCCUUUCAAGAAAUCCUCAAAACCAUAUGAUCCCGAAAGAAGCAGUGUCCUUGCCCUGGUUCUUGUGUUGUUAUUCAUCAACCACUUCACUUCCAUCCAAAACAAGGUCUACUUGAUCAUAGAUGGCAUCAUUUUUCAUCCCAUCUAUCUGAACCACACAUCCCAAUGGAGCAGUGACUUUCUUGCUUCAAAGGGACAUGGAGUUCAUAUCAAAAUGGACAUCCCAAAGGAACAUCUCUUCCGAUUCGAAAAAUAG